AUGGGUGGCCACAAUCAUAAUCCUCCAACUUCUAGUUUAAGUGAGGAAGACAAAGAUGAUUUGAACAACAACGACAACAACAACGACAACGACAUCAACAACAACAAUCUUGAUGACCAAUUAUUAUUGGCAAAAACUCAAUCAGACAAAUUCUCAAAUACCCAUCAGUCUAAAGAUUUGUUGUUAUACACUGAAACAUUAGAAGACCAAGAGAAAGAAAAAGAAAAAGGAAAUCAACACCUAAAAGAGAUAGAGUAUUAUGAAAAUAAUAAUAAUUUAAAUCGAACCACCACCACAACAUCAUCAUCAUCAUCAAACUCGAAUAAUACUAUUCCCACAUAUUCAUCUUUUUUUGACAAUCAACAACAACAAAAUCUAGAAAUUUGUGAUACUACUUUAUCUUCUUCUUCGUCGUCGUCGCUAUCACCCUGUUCAUCACCUUCUUCUAUCUCCUUUUCUUCACCUCCAUCGUUGAUACGUGGACUUGACAAUAGCAAUCUACUCAAAAAGGAUUUGACUACUGCCAAUCAAUUCUGUCUAGGUCAAGGUAGAACCACCAUACCAUCAUCCCAUACGACAAUCACUAGUUCUCCACCAUCCUUACAAGAUACUUCUUCUUCUUCUUCCCCAAAGAAGAAUAGAAAGAGAAUCAAUCCAAAUCACAUAGAAGAAGAAUCAUCAGAACCUAUUGCAACUUUUAAAUCACCUGUUUGCCAAUUGUUAAACAAAUUCAAGAAACCUUGUAAAAGAAGAGGAAAGUGUCCAUUUCACAGCUCAGAAGGAGGAUCACUAUCCAAAUCUAAAAGUAUGGAUGAAUUGGAUAUUUUCCAAGACCAUAGUCAGCACCUACAAAGUAGAUUUGAUCCAGAGACUGGAUUUGAAGAUUUUGAUGAAAAUAAUCAAUCCUCACAAGUUUUUGGUGGUUUCACACAAGAAGACGAACAAGACAACACCCAUUUAUUGUUAGAUGAUCAAAGUUCAAUCAAUUCCUCUUCCACCUCUUCCUCUUCUUCUUCUUCAGAUUCGGAUUCAUCAACUCCAAGUUUAUGCUCAACUAUAAUUGUCAGAAAUUCAAAUAGUAGCAGUCUAGAUUCAUUCCAAAGUCCCAGUGAACCAAUUCCAUCUCAACCAUUCUCAUUAUCAAGUUCUGUACAAAUUCCUCUCCCAUCACAUAGAUUUAGACAUUAUACAUUAGUUGAAGUAAGAGCAAUGAAAUAUUUAAAGACCAAACUAGAAAGAAAAGCUCAAGACCAAGCAUUGGCAUUAUUUUAUCAAAGACAAGUUCAUCCUCAACAUGCCUAUUUCAGUCAAUUACCAGAACAAGUAUUUUAUCCAAAUCAACAAAUUCCAUAUUUGGAUCCCCAUCACCAACAACAAUCAUAUCUCUUAUUCCAACAACACCAACAUCAAAAUCAUGUUGUUCCAAUUCGUCCAUCAUACCCUCCUCAUUCAUCUCAUGGAGUUCCAAAUUUAUUUUAUACACCAAACUCUUCUUUCUAUGGUCUCCCAGCUCCUCCUCCUUCAUAG